AUGGCUUCCUACGUAAAGUGGACCUAUGAGUACACCAAGCUUCGGCGAAACUUUGGAAAACAACCUCUUUUCCAAAUGGUACCAGCCCGCAUGUUAGACUCUAUAAGUCCUAUCAAAGAUGAUCAAAAGCAAUACAUUCUGCGGAACCCCGUGCACCGCGAAGUUCAGGCAACAAGCUCUGCUUCAGAAAACGAAACUAACACUGCACUGAUAAUAAGACAUGAUCAAAUGAUCGACCACACUGAAGGUGGCUGGCCACGGGAAGUCAACCCUUACAACGAGGAUCAUGUUCAACGCCAUCGUCGCAGAAUUAUGCACGAAGACAAUUAUAUCAAAUCCGUGCAAAAUUUGUCAAAUUCUUUAUUUCACUACGUAGACCAAAACAAUGCCAUUGAAAUGUAUGAAACCUAUUAUGCUACAAUGGCCGAGCAAGAUCCUGUUGAAAAGUGUAGUGUCCGAAUUGCAAAUGUCUUCCGUGAUGAACAUCAGAGACCAGUAUCAUGUGUCAAAUGGACUAAUGAAAAAAACGCUAAACUGGCAGUUGCGUACUGCGUCAAAACAUGUAUGCUGGAACCAAAACUAAACCUAAUAACCGAUUGUUAUAUAUGGGAUGUGCACAGACAAACAGAACCAGUGUACGCAUUACGACCUGAUUACCCGUGUUGGCAACUAGCGUGUUCACCCUCAACUCCUGAAUUGUUGAUAUGCGGACUUGAAAAAGGUAUUGUUAGUGUAUUUGACGUGCGUGUCGGCAAAGAUGCUGUGUCAUCGAGUUCAGUAUAUAAUUCCCAUCGCGAAGGAAUAACAUCAAUACUUUACAUUCAGUCUCGCACAUACUCUGAAUUCUUUACUGGGUCUUCGGAUGGAGAAUGUUUGUGGUGGGACUUGCGAAACCUUAAAUAUCCUCAAGAGCGGUUACCGAUCUCAGUGAGGUUUGCACCGAAUGAAGUUCCAAAUUUAAAUAAUGCUGAAGGGGUUAGUACUUUGGAGUUUGAUAAAGGCUUGCCUACUAAGUUUCUCUGUGGAACGGAAACUGGAUUAGUAAUUAACGCCAAUCGCAUGGGAAGAACUCAUUCUGACAUUUUAUCUUCGUUUUGGUAUGCUCAUGAUGGAUCAGUACAAACAGUGGAAAGGAGUCCUUGUACCUUUAGAAUGUUUCUUACGUGUGGUGAUUAUACUGUUAAAAUAUGGAGUGAAGAAGUUCGUACCGCACCCAUCAUCGUAACAAGGCCGUAUAGGAAUCUCGUGUAUGAUGCUGCUUGGGCUCCUUUGAGGUUCUCCUCUUACAUGUCGAUAUGUGGAGCGGGAAAGUUCUAUUAUUGGGACUUACUGCGUAAACACAAGCAGCCAGUCUUGACUUUACAAGUAUCAAAGUCUGGACUUACAAAAAUUACUCCACAUUCAAAAGGCAAAUCAGUCGCUAUUGGUGACUGCAAUGGAGCAUUGUAUCUGUUACAAUUAUCUGAAAAUAUGGCUAUACCGGGAAAUCGUGACAAGUUACUGAUGGGGCAAAUUUACGAGCGUGAGACUAGACGAGAACAUAUCUUAGACAAUCGUCUCAAAGAAAUUCGAUUGAAAGCACGCGCUGAAGAAGAAGCGGCUUUAAAUGAACCACCAGAGGAUGUAGUUGAUGAGGAAGAGUUAGACCGUGAAACCGAAGAUGAGUAUUUUAGAAUAGUUCAAGAAGAAUUGAAACAAAUGGACAUUAUGCCUGACCAAACUGAAUAACUAUUAUAAUUAAAGAUCUCUAUAAACUGGAAUUAUAUGAUGGAAGACACCAGGUGUCCAUAUUAUCUGUUUAUGCGUAUUGAC